UGUUGGAACAUAUGAUUCAGAGAGGUGUGGUUUCUAACAUUUAUACUUACGCCAUUUUAAUAAAUGGUUAUUGCUUGGCCGAUAGAAUUGGUGAUGCAAAGGAGUUGUUUGAUUCUAUAACUAGAAAGGGGUAUAGACCUGAUGUUGUUUGCUACAAUACUUUAAUCAAUUGGUAUUGCAAGAAUAAAGAAGUCAAUGAAGCUCUUAGUCUUUAUCGAGAGAUGAUUUCAGAAGGAAUUAGGCCUAAUGUGAUUACAUAUAACACCUUGUUAACUGGCUUUUUUCUUAUAGCAAAGGUGAAAGAUGCACGGAAUUUAGUUGGUGAGAUGCGACUUAACGAUGUUUUCCCUGAUUCUUGGACAUAUGACAUUUUCAUUAAUGGACUUUGCAAGAACGGAUGUGUUUUGGAAGCAUUGGAAAUGUUUAAUGCUCUAGUAAAUAAUAAGUUUGCAGUUAGCAUUGUAGGUUUGAGUUCCCUCAUUGAUGGAUUAUGUAAAACAAAGAGGUUGGGAACUGCUUGGGACCUAUUUCAGAAAUUUUCUCUUCAUGGAAACCUGGUGCCAGACAUUGUAACAUAUAACAUUUUGAUCAAUGGGCUGUGUAAAAAUGGACAACUAGAAAUGGCAAAUGAGUUGUUGUCAUAUAUGGAGGAAAAUGGUUGUGCUCCAGAUGUAGUCACAUUUAAUAUGCUUAUGUUUGGUUUCCUCAAGAAUAAUGAGAUACCAAAAGUUGUUGAACUCCUUCAUAAGAUGGUGGAGAGAAAUGUGGAGCCGACUGAAUGUACAAUGUCCUUAGUCAUGCAAUUACUAAUGAAGGCCGAAAAUUAUAGUGAAUGUUUGAACGAGCUUCCUCAAUUUCCGGUCCAAAAGCGAAAUUGAAGUUUACGUGAUAAAACUUUAGUGAGUAUUAAACUUUUUUUCGGAGCAGAAUCCUGCAAAAGUUCAUCCAGCUGCCCAAAUGCUCUAUAUUGGUUACGGUAAGCAGAAGGUUUAGUAAACACUUUUGUCUGUUCGAAUUUGAUGGGGAUGGUGAUGGGGAUGAUUGAGAAUGAUAGCUUUCCUGAUCAAACAUACGAUACGUGAUCUGUCUCUGUUGUAAGUACAUAUAUUGGAGGUGGCAGCAUUGCAGGUUGCGUUUGGAUUUGCACAUGUAGUAGAUCUUAAGGGUUUGAGGAUUAUUUUUGGUGUAAAUUUCAGUAAGCAAAAGUUGUAUAUGAGGAAUUGUGGAAUGGUUCUUACUUCAACUACGACAAUAAUGGUAGCCGCUCAAGUUCAUCUAUUCAAGCUAAUCAGUUUACUGGACAAUGUUCAGAUCUGAUAAGACUAGAACUUACCAGGUGUGUCUCUAAUGUAGUUAUGCACGAGCAUGUGCUCUUUCAGCGAUAGUUGAUGAAGACAAAGCAAAAAGAGCAUUAGAGAAGGUUUUUCCCUAGAAUAUCUUAAAGAAUAUGGAUGCACAACAGGGGCCGGUCAAUGGGAUCUACCUGUUGGAACAGUUAAAAUGACAACAUUGUAGUCGAGAAAAAUAUGGUCUGGUGUUUCAUAUGCAGUUGCUGUAACGAUGAUCGUGGGGAUUUGGUCGAUAUGGGAUUUCAAAUUGCCAUUGAAAUCUAUGAAGCAGCAUGGUCUGAAAAUGCACUCGUGUAAGAACCCCUAAGUUUAUUUAAAGCUGUUAUCUUAUAGCUUAGUUAAUAGGCUGUUAACUAAGGUAUGAGUUUGUGUUUUUUAGAUCUAAAUCUAUCUCAAAUCUGUAUAGAUUUCAUUUCAUCAUCUGUUUUGUCAGUUCAUUUAUUUUUUUUGGUGGAUGUACCGUUUAACCAUUUUCUAGUAGAUUCUUGAUGUUGUGAAAUGUUGG